UGUCCCCUGCCCACGAUGUGGAGAUGGUUUGCUUGGCCUGACCCCUCCCCCUCCUGUCUAGCAACCUCCCUCCCCCCCUCACAAUGGCAGUUGGUACAUUCCUCGGGUACAGGAUUCAAGCUGGAGAUCUAUUCGUUCCAUGAAGAGAAGGAGGGGGGGAGCGAACUGCUGCCCACCAACCUUGCACUUGGCACCGGAUCCUCUUUUUCUCCCCUUCCCUCUCUCUCUCUCUCAGAAUGGCAUGAAGGGUGCUGGAGAUAUAUAAACAUGGCCCGCGAGCCUAAAUUGAGCCAUACCAGGCUUGGUCAGAAGAGGCAGCACACCGGGAGUCUGUAUCCGAACUGUGAUCUGGAUUAUGAGCUUUAUAAAGACGAUUUGCCAUACAGGAUCUACGAAUAUCAGAAGAUCCCUCCUCUUAUUGGACACAUUCCUAUCAAGACUAGAAGAAGCCACCUAGGCACUGAAAGUAAAACCAGCCUGAGCCCACACACAGACUUAAGAAACAACAGCAAUUCCACAAUAGGACGUACAAAAUUGCGAGCGGAAGAACUGCACUCCAUCAAAGGGGAAUUAAGCCAGAUCAAAGCCCAGGUGGACAACUUGCUGGAAAGCCUCAAUCGGAUGGAUCAGCAGCGGGAACAUCCCACAGGCACCAAGGACAGCAAGAGAAAACUCUUUGCCAGCGUGGAUGCUUCCUAUCCAGCAGCGGAACCGAUCCGGAUGAAGGACAGCGCCGAACAAGAGGGUCACAGCCCUCAGCAGGAUGUUGAUAGCGCAGAGGAGAGCACGGACACCGAAGAAGCCGCGGCGGUGAGAAAUCACACACCAGAUUCCGAAGGAAGCAAGUAGGGAUCCCUCGCCAAGCACUUCCCUUUCUCUGUGUUGCGUUUUCCUCCUGUGACUUCCGCUUGUGCAGACUCCGACAUCGCUUCCUUGCCAUCCAUGCUGGUUCAGCUGCAGCAUUGCUGCAGCCCCUGAGCUGGUGGAGAGCUUCCUGUGUCAACUCAAGGGUGGGCCUUGUGUGCUGCUGUAGAUUAAAGACCUUAAAACAGAGGUCCAGGAUGGGAGAAAGGGGAGAGGAAAAGCAGGCACCAUGGCUCCCAUUUGAACCAAUCCUUGUUGCUCUGAAAUAAACAGUAGCGAUGUGCUACCGAUCAAA